AUGCCGCGCGCCACCUCUGAAGAGGGCGAGGUCGACCACAUUGACCUCACCGCCAAUCCUGAGGACCUCAUGGAGCUGGAUGAGGAUGAGGACCGAGGGAGAGAAGAAUCAAGCCUCUUUCUCCCCAACAGCAUGACGCCACCUCCUUCCACUGACGUUACCUUCGUUGAUCUCGUCGCCAACGACGGUGAGCCGGACGAUGAGCCAGGAAUUCCUCGGGGGAGAUCCGAUUCUAGUCUCUUUGUCCACGACGAACCCGACGACGAGGGCUUCAUUGAAAAUGAAAACAACGAUGGCGACGACAGCGACGACAGCGACGACACUGUCAUCAACGUCGACGAUGAUGACAACGAUAACGACAUGAAUGACAUCGAUGACAACAACGACAACGAUAUGAAUGACAAUGAUGACGACAACGAGAACGAAGACAAUGAUGAUAAUCACAUGAACGAUAACAACAACAACAACGUGAACGACAGUGAUGAUGACAACGAAGACAAUGAAGCCAACGAGGACAACGACGACAGUGACGAUAGCGAUGACAGUGACGACAACGACGACGACCAAAAGGACGCGGACGCUGCCCUUCACGUGGCCCUCCGUGAGGAAGGCAUCACUGAGCCCGAGUGGGCUGAAGGGUGCUUGAGGACUUGCAAGCCUCACUGGGAUGAGGUCGCUCAUUCAUUCCUGAGAUACCGUAGGCGCUUCAUCCACAAGGCGACCGAGCUCCGAAAUGCCAAGACCAGACGUCGUCAACGAGUCCGUGAGCUCAAAGCCAGAAUUCGAGUGCUUGAGGCUCGUAAGCGGCAUCGCCCACACGAGAAGUCAUGGCCCAAAGUCAUCCGCCUCUGGAUCGAGGAUAGGGAGCAGCUGCCCCCGGAGCUUCAGAAUUGGGAAGCCAUCUACAGGCUUUCGUGCAAGGAGGAGAACAUGUCGUGGUGCUUCAGCGCGCAGAAGCCCCCCAAGACGCACCCAGGCCUCAAGCUGCGUCGCCCCAAUGAGGAAGAGGACAAAGAGGAAGACGAUGAAGAAGAACUCCCUGCUCCAGGCUCCGGCCGAGGGCCACCUCCAAAUCGACCGCCGCUUCUAGGUCAGUCACCGCCUCCAGGAGGUCCACGGCGAUCCUCCCUUGAACGACUCGACAUCGAGGUGCAGAUCAAGAUCUUCUCCUACCUCUUCGUCUUUGAGCGAGAGUUGGUAUAUGUCAUCUCCCGUCUAGACCCGUACCGCGAGGCAAACGAGGUGCCUCGCGACUGCAACGGUCGAGUCGCCCUCCUGCGCCGCUUCCACAUCGGACAGGAGAGCGUCUCCCUGACGUUUGGGACCAUCAAACCACAGGAGCUCCUCGCCCCGCUCCUCGUGUCCAAGCACUUCAACUAUCUCGGGGCCAGCCUCUUCUACGGAGCCAACACGUUCGCAUUCUCUUCCAUUGGCGAGCGCGACGAGAAGGGCCGGUACACGUCGCGACGGACGCAUCCCCUCGCCUUAUUCAGCGAGGUCCACCGCCUCAAGUCCAUCUCCAUCUACACUCCCGAGUCGUCCAACGGGUACAUGCGGCGCAAGCACGAGCCCCCUCACAUCGUCGAGUACAUGGCCAAGAAGACGGCCGGGCAGCCCAACUAUCGCCGCUUCCGCGCUCUGCGAACUAUCCAGGGGCUCGACUACCUCCAUACGCUCCGCGGGCUCAACGGCAUCACCUUCUGGGACUACGAUAAGUGGCGUGACCUAGGCCUCAAGCUGCCCGUCCGCGACUGGACCUUUGUGAGAGACCUCAACAACACAGUGCGCCGCGCCAAGGCGGAGGAGGCCAUGGAGCUCUGCAGACUUCGCAAGCUGGCCCCUUUUGUCAUUGGAUAUCGCCCUCGCAACCGCAUCAUGAACGAGAUCGAAAAUUUUGUCAACCAGUACUCGCCGGGCUGUGGUGGGCAGGUCAUCGACCUAACUAUGGACGAUGACUAG